AUGGCAAAAACUGCUCAAGAAUUCAUUCAGAGUUCUUUUUCUCCUAUAAUUGCAACAUUAUGUAGCCCAAAAGUAGAAAACAUACUUUCCAAGAACAAUUUAACAUUUCCAGAAUUAUUACAACCAUUUACGUCGACGCAGUGGGAAGGUCAUUUUAGGGAACCCGGCGGAAGUGUUUGUAGUGUCAAAAAUUUUAAUUUAGUGAUAAGAGAUGUGAACUGGAAACCUCUUCAGCCAACUGAAGCUAGAAGGCAACUUAAUAACGCUGUAUUACACAAUUAUGAUGACAAAACUGUUUCCCUUAAUAUUGAAGGGCGUAAAUUUGAUAUACCUCAUACAACUCCUUGGUUCGAUGCUUGGAGAGAAACUUAUCUAGAAGUACAGUUUCCUUCUGACCAUGAAUUUACUAAUCAUUAUUUGGCUUGCAUAAUUGUUGCAACUACUCUUGAUGAUAAUACUAUUGAUGUUUACGAUUCUUUAAAUCAACAGUAUGCACAGUUACAGAAUGUUGUUCCACCUAAAUUGCCUAAAUGGUUCAAUAACUCUGUUCUUAAGUCUUAUCUUCUUUUACACGAUGUUUCUACUGUUACUAAAGAAAGAGCUGACAAAGCAUUUGAAACAUUAAAACAGACUUUUGGAACUUCAAACUGUUUUAUGUUAUCAAUUAAUUCUAAACAUUCUUCUGAUGUCAAAUUAUCAACAGAUUAUUGGAGUCAUUUUCUUAAAAGAUCUACAGAAGUUAUGGUAAGGAAUAGCAAGGGAAAGGUUUGUCCACCCCAGCAGAGCCCCGUAUGCCAGGGUAAGGGCUGGCCUAAUUCUGGGUCGCCCGGGCAGAGUGGCACGCUAACGACUAGGCUUGCCCCUAGACACGCAUCCAUCCGCGCGGCAGACGUUGGAUUGGCGGAGAGGAACGAUUCAUUAUCUCCAUCUGCUCCUACCAUCACACCUGCAGAAUCCCAGGCAAUAUUUCAACCUCCAAAUGUUACAACUCCAGAAGGCGUUCACCCGCUGACAGCUGAAAAUGAUGUGUAUGAUAAUGCAAAUAGUUUGCAGCCUUAUUCGUUUUCUGGAAGUUCAGAAAGUGUCAAUGUGAUUGGAAAACCUUCGGACACUUCGAAUGAAAUACAUGGAGCAGCUUUAAAUGACACUGAUAUUGAAGCAAUAAAAAGUUUUUUGCAAGAAUAUGCAGCAAAAGCACUAUUACCGCAUAUUGAAAGACAAAUAGCCCAAUUGACUGAAGUGGUGGCCAAUAAAAAAGGUGUAAGUCGAUCUUUACUUUCGGCGACAAAACGAUGGUUUACAACUGGGAAAUCGGGCAAUACAGCAGUUAAUAAUACUGUCAUAUAUUCCAGUGAUUGCCCUGAGUUGCAGCUGCGACGAUUAGGUGAUCUCUGGUUCCUGUGCGGCCAAUGGCAACGGGCAUUUGAUGCUUAUCACACUGCAAAGAGAGAGUUCUACGCUGACAGCGCCUGGCUUUGCUAUGCUGGUGCUUUAGAAAUGGCUGCUAUAAGCGCAUUCAUGGCCGGUGAAGCGAAUCGCAAAACUUUUGGUUAUAUGGAAGAGAGUAUUGUCACAUAUCUCAAUACCUGCAGAAUGGUGCAAUAUGCAGUUCGAGCGACGUUGCUCUCUGUCCCUUGUUUAAUUAACGCAGGGUUCUACAGUGAAGCUGCAAAGCAACUGAUUCGCAUGACCUCAGAGGAUAGUGAUUUACGUAGCGCUAUGCUCCUUGAACAGGCGGCUCUGUGUUUCCUCAAAGGACCGAGUAACAAGAUCAUGGCGAGAAAAUACGCGUUUCACAUGGUACUCGCCGGACACAGGUUUUCAAAGGCCGGACAGAAAAAACACGCUUACAGGUGUUACAAACAAGCCUACCAAGUGUACGCGGAGAGCGGCUGGCGGCUGUCGACGGACCACGUGCAGUUCGCGCUGGGGCGGCUGGCGGGCGCGCUGCGGGCGCCGCGCGACGCCGCCGCCUGGCUCGCCGCGCCGCUGGCGCCCGCCUCGCCGCAGCCGCGCGCGCAGCAGGACGCCUUCCUGCGCGAGUUCAUGCGCGCGCACCAGCUGUGGGUAGAGAGCGCGGAGGAGUUCGGCGCGCGGCUGCCGGAGCCGCCGGUGCCGCGGCUGGCGGCGGCGCGCACGCGCGUGCGCUGCGCGGGCCCGGCGCCGCUGUCCGCGCCCGGCCGCGCGCCCGCCGCCGCGCCGCCCGCCGCCGCCGACGAGCCGCUGUGGCAGCGCCUGGAGGAGACGCUGCUGACCGUGGCGCGCGGCGCGCCGCCCAUGAUCUUCCGCCCCACCGCCGACCUCUACUCGCCGCGCACCGACGCGCACCCCGUCGUGUCGCAGGGAGAGCCGAUACAGAUAUCUAUAACGCUCUGCAAUCCGUUAAAAAUUUCGUUACUCCUGAAAGAGGUCGAGUUGCUCUGGCGAUUCGCCCCGAGCGAUGAUACGCAGAUUCCUUCGAAUGAAGUUUUAGACAAUGAGCCAUCUUUGGCCGCGGGGCAGACGUUGGAGAGUAGUGUGAUUCGUAUGGAAAAAAUUACGUCUAUUUUGUUGGAAGGGGAGUGCAAUAAACCGUUAAACUUUACUAUCACACCUUUGAGAAUUGGUCAGUUGACGAUACAUGGCGUUGCAUUUAAGCUUAUAAACGUUGGAGAAGGUAAAGAAAACGAAAAUGGUGUUCCUAUUUUAGGAAAAUUAAAUUUGCAAGGUGAUGACACAGACAAACUAUUACAAAUUAUAGUUAUACCUGAGACUCCUUGUUUGCAGAUGACUCUGUCGGAGUUCAGUCCAAGUGUAAUAAGUGGCGAGAUUUUAACAGUAGACCUAGAGUUCAGAAAUGUUGGUCCGGUCGAAAUGAAGAAUUUGUACGUCGCAGUCUCACAUCCGGAUUGCAUGAGCAUUGUAAGCUCUGAUGAAUGCACGGACGACUUCAAAGUGCUCUACGAAGACAAAUAUCAAGAACCACCUAACUUUUCAGACGAGCGCGCGGCGCGGGCGGCGGCGCGUGGGCGCGCGGCGGCGCGGCGCUCGGCGCGCGUGUGCGCGGCGCUGGCGCCCGGCGCCGCGCGCCGCGCCGCGCUGCUGCUGCGGCCGCUGGCGCGCGCGCCGCGCCUGCUGCUGCUCGCCUACUACGAGGCGGGCGCGCGCGAGCGCCCGCACCGCCUGCUGCGACACGUCUUCGACUUCCGACCUGCCGAAAUCGUCGAAAUUUCUACUACGCCGAGAAGAGGCAUUAGCCUUAACAACGAUCGUGUUUCAGAGAAUAUGCAUUUAGCUGUUGAAGUCAAAAACACCUGUAACGAGAAAGACGAAGACGUUUCUCUAGAGAUAUUGGAAGUUUCAUUAUUGAGCAGGCAAUGGAAAUUGACGAACCUCAUAACGGCACAAGAAUCAGCAAAUGUCCUCGUUUCGCGUGAAAGAGCCCAUCUCUUACUAAAAAGUACCAGAAUUUUUGAAACAUUAAAAGAGGGCCAUGUCGAAUACUCUUUUCUAAAAAUAGCUAAAAAUCUUCCCGAAAGUCGAGUAGGCGUUGACAAACCUCCUUACUCAAAGUUCGUAUCAGAUGUAGAAUCGCCUUUGUUGGACGUAGUCGAGCCUGUUACACAAAACCCUGAUAAGAGAGCGGGCCUUAUACAAUCUAUGUUUAUACUGAGAUGGAAGGCACAUAACAAAAAAACCGGAAGAACGGCUAUAGGCCAACAUUGUCUUUGGUUGGAUUGCUUUACAAAAACGAUUUCUCACGAAAGAGAUAAAACUAAUCUAGAUAUUUCAAACACCAUCCAACUCGAUGACAGUGAUAAUCUGUCCGAUUUGUACAAAGGAAAAGAUAAAAAUGAAAAAAGCAAUGCUGUUAUUUUCAGAUUAGAACAUUCCAACUAUAUUGAUCACAAUUUUACUGUCAAUAAAUUAUGUAUUAUACCAGUAACCAUAAAUAUUGUAAACUGCUAUGGAAUGCCCGUUUCUGUAUUUAUAGAUAUGUCAAAAUCACAAAAUAGAGAAUCAUCUGGAGAGCUGGGUUGGACUGGCGCAUUAAACCACGGUUUUGAUCCAGACUCUAAAGAAUUGGGAUUGAAUGUUUCAUUGGAGAAAUUCGAAUCCUGUCGAAUAAAGGUACGUGCUCUGUGCGCUGCGCCCGGUACUUACCACGUGGGCUCCGCUUUCUCGGUGACGACGGUAGUUGGAGUAGACAGCCGUUCCACCACUCACUUUCCUAAUAGUACUAGCUUACUAGUUGUUAAACAAAUUGUAUAAUACCUAUUACUUAUCUAUUUAUAAUCUGAAUAUAAUAAAUCUUUCUGUCAUCAUACAAACUUAUACAAAUAGAAAAGUUGUAAUAAAUUAUUUAAUUUUUUUUAGUUUGUUUGUAGUAUUGUAUGAUCUAUAAAAUACACAAAUUAUAUAGCAGUAUCAAGAUUAAAUAUUUGUAGGUAAAUUUAUACUGCAAUAUUAAGUGCUUAAAUCAAUUAAUAUAUAUAUAUAUAUAUAUAUAUAUAUAUAUAUAUAUAUAUAUAUAUAUAUAUAUAUAUAUAUAUAUAUAUAUAUAAUGUUUACUAACUGCUACAUCUGAGACAAAUUUCAGUUUGUAGCAUAAAAAAUUAAUGACUUUUAUAAAAUCUUUCGAAAACCUUCUUAAUUCAGCUCUGUCACAAGAUUCGUUCUUAGUCGACUACUAAACUUGUUAAUAAUAUUAUAUUAUGUCGAUAAAUUAAAAAAAUAAAAUAAA